AUGAGUAAGAAAACUUCAUUGUUAGCCUCAUCCAAGGCGGUCGACCCCCACCUGCAGGCUCUCUUUGCCUCGAGUGCUGGCCCUGUCUCCGCCCCUUCUCCAUCAAGGUAUCAAAAGCUCCGAGAAAGCAGGCCCAAGUCCCCAUCGGACGACGCAGAAUCUGGCGACGACGAAGUCCUAUCCGAAGCCAGCGAAGAGCUCGAUUAUGAAGUUAAUGAAGAUAACGAUGAGGAUGGCGAUCAAGAAUCUGUAAAUGCAGAUACUGAGGAGUCUGCCGAGGAGGAAUCCGGUGCUGAAAAGAAUUCCAAAGCUGCGCUGCGCAAGGAGCGCAAGCGUAAGCGCAAAGACGACAACGAAGAUCUGGAGGGAAAGUAUUUUGCCAGCUUGGUUGAAGAUGAUGAAGCGCCUUCCGGGAAGCGCGCGAAGUCUGAAGCCACAAAGAAAGGCUCCGACUCUGACGGCAGCGACGAGGAUGACGGCGAAGACACAGACAAGGAAGAACCACCUAAACACGAGUCACUCAGCAAAGAAGCCAAGGCCGCCGAGGCUGACAAAGCUGCGAGAACCGUCUUCGUGUCCAACGUCUCCUCAGAGGCCGUAUCUUCAAAAGCCGCCAAGAGGCAACUGCUCGCGCACUUCGCGACCGUUCUUGACAAGGACGCCUCCCCCUCUCAAAAGGUAGAGUCAAUUCGCUUCCGCUCCGUCGCUUUUUCCGGAGGUUCCAUGCCCAAGCGCGCCGCCUACAUCACCAAGUCGGUCAUGGAGGCCACUACUCACUCGACAAACGCCUACAUCGUCUUCUCGACCACCGCCGCGGCUCGCCGCGUGUGCAAGGAACUUAACGGCAGCGAGGUGCUCGGUCGCCACAUCCGUGUCGACAGCGUCGCCCACCCGAGCCCGACGGACCACCGCCGGUGCAUCUUUGUGGGCAACCUGGGCUUCGUCGACGACGAGACCAUGCUCAACACCAACAAGGAUGGUGAGGCGGAGAGCAAGAAGCGCAACAAGGUGCCCUCGGAUGUCGAGGAGGGUCUCUGGCGCACAUUCUCCAAGAUCGGAAAGGUAGAAAACGUUCGUGUUGUGCGGGACCCCAAGACCCGUGUGGGCAAGGGAUUUGCCUAUGUACAGUUCUACGUACGUAUCCACAAGUCUAGGCUACAGCUGCAGCUGCUGCAUCGCAGAACCGUCACGACUAACUCUCUUUCCAUCCAGGACGCCAACGCUGUGGAAGAAGCACUGCACCUGAACGACAAGAGCUUCCCUCCUAUGCUCCCCCGCAAACUCCGCGUCACCCGUGCCAAGGACCCCCGCAAGACGAACCAGGCCAUCGAGCGCACCAAGUCCAAGUUCAAUAGCAACAACAACAAAAACAAGGGCAGUGAGCGCAACGACAAGCCGCUCAAAAAGGGCGCCGCGACUUACGUGCCCAAGAUGACGCCGGAUGAGCUAGCCGCCGCUGGUCGCGCGGGCAAGCUGUUUGGCCGCGCCCGCGCAGGCGCUUCUCACGGCACCGCUCUGCCCAGCGGCAUCAAGGCGCCGGAACGCAUCGUCUUUGAGGGCCGCCGCGCGUCGUCCAGGGACGCUCUGCCCAAGGACCUCAAGAAAAAGGUCAAGACGAAGCGCGCCCGACCAGUAACGAGAAGCGCGCGCCGUGGCGCUGACUGGAAGAAAAAAUCAGGCAAAUGA